AUGAUAGCCUGUGACAAAUUGGAUAACAACAAUCUAUCGCCGAAUUUUGGGAUUACCGCCGGAACUGGAAAUAACAACAACAGUAGCGAGAACAUCUAUAUCGAUAUUCCGACGCCUUCAACUAGGAGUGUUUCACCAUUGUCAUCUGCUUCGCCAGGAAAGGAUAAAUCCUAUGGAUUCUUUCAAAACAUUUAUCGGAAAAUUAGUUUGAAGUCAAGUGACGAAAUCAGUGCCAUGAAUCGAGACGAGGAUUCGCGAAGCUCUUCUGUAGAGUCCUGUUCUUCGCUCAGUGAUCGCCUUCAGCCACUGCAGAAACGACAGUCAAGCCCUUGCGUAAAAUCUACCGACCAGAUCUUAACGCUAGAACUGUCUAGCACUUCCAGUGAUUCGGUAAGCAAUUCUUCCCAAGACGUUGACAAGACCUCAAGAACAUCGAGGCGCUCAUCGAUGCGAAAACUUUUGGAAAAUUUAAAUAUUAAUACCCCUACAAGAACCCGGUCUCUGUCAUGCAGCAGCACUUCGGUUAAUAUACUCAAUCAAAAGAGCUUAAAGCAGAAAACCGAGUCAAAAACGUCGCUAUUCAGUACUAGCAGUUCGUCGAUUCUUGCGAACAGUACACCCAGCAAACCUCCACCAAAGAAGAUUCUCCGUCGGCCAGUUUCAUAUACGUAUUUACGAGGUAUCUCCGGCCUUCCCACACAGCGUGUUCCCAGGUCAUCAAUAUGCUGCAGUUAUUACGGGCGCUAG